AUGAGUUACUCAUGCAAAUACACGGAACGGGAGCAGUACCGUGGCGGAAUUACUCCAUACCUUAGCUGCCUCGUAUUCUUCACCACUGGAAUCAAUCUGACACUGAUAUUCGCCAUAGGAUAUAUAGGUGCCAUCACACUCUCCGAAGGAUUUGGAGUUAACAUUGAAUUAGCCAGAUACUGCUACCAAACUAGACAACUUAUCACUGUAUAUGCAUUAUUAGGAGCAAUAGUCGCAUUACUUUUAGGUUUAGGGGGAAGAACAUCAUGUCUCGUACACCAAUGGAUGCUCACACUGUGUUAUUAUGCCACUGCGGCUUAUCUACAAAGCAACAAGUUAGACAUUCACAUCAAGCUACCAGUUUUGAUGAGAUUUGCCGCUAUAACAGCAUUUAUAUCAAGCAUCGCUCAGACCGCAGCGAUAUAUUGCAUGGCAGAUAACUCAAUGCCAGGGGGGGCGUAUUACGGACUUACACGCAUAACUGCAUACUUUGCCGGGGCAACUUUGGCGGCACCAACCGUGGCGUCGUGGAUAAUAGUACAAGGGUAUUUCGGUAUUGAAACAAACGCAUUCCAAAAAUUAUAUUACCAAAAUAAAGCAUGCUCAACACUUAUAGUCAUAUGCUGCUUCGCGGGCACCCUGUCUGCCGUAGCAGCUGCACUCAUGACCUAUCUAUUCUUCUCUGUUGAACGCAACACAGCUAUGGAAGAAACAUGCUGGUUUCCACUAAUAAGGAAAUCUACAUGCCAUAUUAAUAAAACAACGAUAAAAAGACAAAUGACAUCUAUUUACAUGCCACUGCUAUGGACAGUCAACCCAUUAUUCAUAGCAUUCGCUAUUGGUGUAACGCUGAACUCAACAAACUCAUUUAGAUUGAUUGUUGUUCAAAGCUUAAUAUACGCCAUAUGCGCUAUUUUCUCGGUAUACGCCGCGUACCUAUCAUACGGAUCGGCACUAUGCGUUAUUAGGCAAUAUGGUAAACCAGAAGUGAUGAAGACAGUGAUGCAAAAUACAAUUGAAAGACGAGGAGAAGUAUCUGGAAAUACACAAAACCGGUCAUCUUCAUAUUCUCCUACAGCAACUCAAACAUUUCCAUACAUCAGUCGCAAUACACAAUGGAGCCUUCUAAAGGGUGAGAUGUGGGCAAAAUGGCAAAACUUUGAUGCGACGUACCUACUAUGCUACGAACCACUCAUGAAUUUGUACACAAUAAAUGCUGACUUGAUAUGCCUGGAAAUUGGAGAGUUUUAUGACAAUGUGGAACCCGCUAUGAAACAAUAUUUAACGAAGAUAGAAUGUACAGGGUUGUUACACGAUCUCCCAUUCGCCAUAGAUUGCUCUUGGACACCCAUGCAAAUGCUACACCAGAUGAUCCUGCAUCAAAAAAUGGUAGUCAUGUUACAAUUAGAGAGGACAGGACAAAUGUUCAACAAAAUAUUCAAAGGAAGAGUUAGUAGGGUUUCGUGCAGUGUAUUAGAAAGAAUCCCAAAACUAAGUCUAUGUUGUACUUCAAUACUCGAUGAAGUUGAUCCCAAGACACCCAAUAAUAGCAUUUCCACUGCAAAGGAUUCAAACAACAAGAACUUGAAAUGCCAAAACGAAUUAUGGUUUGCGAAAGAAGUCCCUAACUGUAAAUGCUGCUCUCCAAAAGAACAAAAGGAUAUAGAAUAUUUUUUAAAGGGUUCCAUAGAUUCUACAACGAGAUACUGCGAAACAUUGAUAGGAAAUCUAAAACAAGAAGAGGGGCUACAGGAUACAUCAAGUGUCCCAGUGUAUCGUGAUCUUGAUAUUGAGCAGAAAUUGGCAUGUGUCGUUCGUAGCUACUGCGAAGCUAAUUUACGUAUACUUAAAGCCAUACUAAUGAUCGAAGAGUUUUUGCUAUUACAGGAAUGGUUAUGCAAAUUGAGUUGGAAAUUAUAUGAUGCAAACAAUACAUUGAAAAAACUUGGGAUAUGUAAUUGUAAUGAUAAGUCAAAAACAUUAAAAAAUGACCAUACUCAUAAUUGUCCAUGGAAUUGCCUUCAACAACUACUUCCCACGAUUGUUCAGCUGCUUAUGAAACUUCACCUACAAAAGACUAAACUGCUAAUAAGAAUAAAAAAGGUGUCCAUAUGUUGUGUGAAGCAUACGAGAGAGGAAUUGCUGAACAAAAAUGAAUUGGAGACAACCGGGAUACUAGAUGUAAUCAGAAUACUCAUCAUUGUCACACUUGCCAUAGGAGAUUUAAUUAAGUUGAAGGAAUCUUUGGAACAAAAAAAGUGUAAUUGUGCUUAUUCCAAUCAGGAUACAAAACAUUGUUUUUGCAUUGCUAGGUGCCACUUAAUAUUAAGCGCCACUCAAUAUAUGGAAAAUGUGUUAAAACAAAUUUUGUCUCCCAGUGUCUCAAGGAUUGAAUCAUUGGUUGACAGUGUUCUUGUAUGGUACGCAGGGCUAUGCGACAACCUGUCGCAAUUAUGUAGCGAAAUUGAUUGGCAUGAGCAGUCUAGCUAUGCGCCCCUCAUUCAUAUGGACAAGGAUAUCGGAAUAGAUUACCCUAAAGAUAACACAAUAUAUGUGGGUUCUGUCAUCGGAAAACCCUUGUAUUCCAUUUCUAUGCUUCAUAGCCUGCUCGCUUUUGGAACCCUGAAAAUAAGAUCACAAAAAUAUUCCUCGCAAUAUAAGCAAACAAAACCGAACGUAGAGUGCAAUGAAACUACUAAUAUACAAUCAUCAUUGUCGAAUUGUUUUAAUUGUUGCAAUGCUGGAACUUCGAUUGCUCAAAAUGCCCAAACAUGUAGCGUGGGAAAUAUUGAAAAAAUCUUCUGUAACCUAGCAGAAAACAUAAAAGGCGCCAUAGAAUGUGCAGAACAAAUUAAAUGCUGUGGUAGUAAAAUCUGUGAUAUAAAUAAAUGUUUGGAGUUUUGCAAUUCUAACAUUUCAUUUCCCAAUGUUUCAGAGGAGGCACCAUGUAAGGGCGAUUGUUGCAAGGAUGAAUCAGAGGUGUCGCGUUACUGCAGGCUGAUUUUAUCCUUGAGCGCUUGUGUUAAAGCUUUGCAAUGUGCUACGGCAACUGAACCGGUGAAAACCUGUUGCUGUUCUAAUUACGCUAAUUCCUCUGAGCAAUGCAGUUUAGAGUGUGUCAUUGCGCGAAUUUUAAGAUAUUGUUUCGGCUGUUCCACUUGUUGUGUCGUCGUGCCAGACACGAAACUCUGUUGUGUUGAAUUAUAUGUUUUAUGUCACGUAUAUUGCUCAUUAAACGGUGGUACAACGUUUGAAAGGUGUCAAGACUGUGAAGCAUGCACACCUGAUACAACUACGGAGUGUAAUUGCAUCCCAAACAAUGGCGCCCAGUGUCAACUGUGUAACGAAGCCGAAUCUUGUUGCGCAAAUUUUAAAGACGUAUGUUGUUGCUAUCAAUGUUGGAUGAUGUGGGUCAGGUGUUAUGUAAUGUGCGGGGAAUGCUGCUCUUUUAAAUGCGAUACUAUUCCACCAUGUUGCGAAAACUCGUGUUAUUUAACAUGGCUGACAAAUUCUAUUUUUCAUUGCACAACGUGCGCAUCCUCGACAGAUGGACAAACGGGAGAGGAAUCAACAAACUGCUGCGGCACAAAUUCACAAAGCUCGCAGUGCUGCACAAUGAUAUCUGGUAGUGAAACUGCAAUAUCUAAAAAGUGUUGUAAUAAUCAAUUGGGAUGUACAUUGCGUAUAGUGACCAAGGAUUUGAAGGCACUUAAGGUAAACACAUGCACCUUCACAAAAAACAUCAAAAAUAUGCUUUGUUGUUCGGAGAAAAUCAAGACCAAUAUUUGUAUACUGGAUCGAUAUCUAAAGGAAGUAGCAUCUUUUUUGUGCUAUAUUCGUUGUGAUCUGGAAGAGAGAAUUAAACGCCUCGAGGCGCUAUGCACUGUCGCCCAAAGACUGGAUUAUUGUUUUCCGUGCUAUGCGGAAACUAUUGGGGAAAUCGCUAAAAGAGAUGAAAGCAUGAUACAAUAUAUACCUUCUUUGGUGAAGCAAUGUCUAGAUCUCGCAUACAAAGAAUUUAUGCUUAGUAGUAGUUUUAUUUGGACAUUUGCCACCGUAUGUAUACAAUAUUGUAGUCUGAGACACCUUAACAAAAGGAUGACUAUUUUAUAUGGGAGUAUAAAAAAAAAUUGGAUGACAUUUCUCAGUUUUGGUGGCCGCCAUAAUCCAAUGUCUGGAGAAUAUUCUACGAUGUUUGUUGACGGCAUCCCUUUGGCCGAACGCAACCAUCUUAUUGGAAUAUAUGGCAAGCGUACUAGGCGAAAAGACAUGAAACAUAACAUCAAUGUACAUAUGGAUGACGUACUAAACGAGAGUUCGAUAUUAGGUUGUUUCAAGUACGUUUGGAUUUUACUAUGUUUAUUAGCCGUUAUAAAGUUUUUUUAUUGGUUCGGCCUGGUGAACAGUGUCCGUCAAUCAAUGCCGUUACUCACCUUUAUCACGAUGCUCGGUGCUCUGCAUUUGUCAGCUGCCGUAAGGGGCAGUGCACAUUAUUCAUCGGCGUACACUUCAUCUGGAGGGAAAACGGCAACUCGUAUAAAUAUGGUUAUGCUAAUAGGUUUGAUUGCUAUGCUAGUCAUAUUGUGGAUAUCCAAUAUUAUAUCGACGUAUGGGCAAAUAUCGAUGUCUGUCGCGUUUGUAGCUGAACGGAUGCGCCUACUGGGUUACUAUGAUACUGUUAAACCUCCGGCCAAACAUUUACUCAUACGCACGAUUGCCUGGACGACAGCAUUAGACCUGGAGCGCUUUUUUGGCAUGUGGAGACCUAGACACACGGAUAGAAAUGGCAGCGAGGCAUAUAUUCCCUAUUUAGGUGGAUCAUUGGCUGAUUCAACGGCAUCAUCGAACCCGCGUAUGAAGAGAGGUGCAAUGCGUAAACCACUUACACUCCCUAAGUUCUUGGAAACCCAGAUGGUUAGGACCGACAAAACGAUUCAUUCUAUCCUUGACCUAAUAUCAUUCUUGGGGUUGUAUCCAAGUGGCGUUAAUAUUCUCAAUCAAGCUACGAAAUUUGAUAGAAAUAGUAGCGUGGAUAUCCAAGCUCUUUGGAGUGCGUGGGAAAUGGAAAGGCGCAUUACCAAUGAGUCGUUUCGAUUAGAGGCGAUUCAUGAAGACGCACUUAGAGGCCUCAAUAUAAGGGUCAUGGGUGUUGUGGGUAAAGUCAAAAGCAAACGGCAUGUGCCCAAAUUGAUCAUGUUAUGGAAUGCAUUCUUCGAAGUACAGCGAAGGUCUAUACCUCAAAGAGUCAUGAGAAUCAAACAAUGGCCAUAUGUGGUCACCAAAAGUCAAAAUGUUUUGGAAAAGGAACAAGCGGCACACCAAUAUAUUAGAGAAUGGGAACGAUUUUGUCGGUGGUUAGCACGCUGUACCAAAUAUUUUAAGAAGGUUCAAAAGAUGAACAACAUAUUGAAUGAAUCCGUUCAAGGCAAAUCCGAUCUAGUCACCAAACUAUAUAACAUAUUGACGAAGAAGUUGAAGGGCAAAGUGCCCCGGUUUCCAGACGAAAUAGAUGAUUCUACACUGCCGGAAGAAACUGAGAUGCCAACGCCUAAAGUAGAGACUUCAGAAACGCCGGAAGCAGCAUUAAGGCAGGAAUAUGAACGGCGUGCAGAGAUUGAAGCUCAAAAUAGCAGGUUGAGGAGAACUACUCAUCUCGAGGGCUUUGCACCUUACGAAGUACUCAGCGAAUACUUCGACAUCAAAAAGAUUCUGUCUGACGACGAAUUCGCGUAUUUGGACGACGUUAUCGAUGAAGAAGAGAUAAACUAUACGACGCCACGUAAAGUAUCGAGUGUACCCAGCGUUGCUGAAGUGGAUUCAGAUAUACCAGAAUCUGACAAUAACGAAGAGGCGGAAGAACUGCCGGUGGAAGAACCAGAAGAGGUAACACCAGUCGACGAUACCACUGUCAAGGAAGAUGUCCAUGACACUGACACAGCCGAUCCUCUCGACUGGUUAUUGGAUAACGAUCCCUGUAAGGAGUGUUUGCAGUUUUACAAGAAUUCAACGGGGAUAAAUGCUGAUAUGGAAGUUCCAAGCUAUAUCACUCUAAAAUCUGGAUACAGCUACGAAAUGGUACCUUGUAUGGAUAUGCUCUUGGCAAACGGACUCAGUUGGAAAAUGAAAAAAGAACAGUAUUGUGGAACCUUGAAUGAACAUGAAAAUAUCUGCAUGGAGGCAGUUCAACAGGCUUAUACGAAGCUUGUAACUUUCUCAGAGGAACAACAUGUAGUAGGUAAUCUGGUCAAAAUGUUCUACGGUAAAUGCUUUCCGUCCAUUUUAAAUGAUGGUGUGGCAAGAGAAAAUUCCGCCUUGGAUUUUGUAAUAGGAGAGUUGGCACAUAUAAUCAUUAUUCAUUCAGCUGUGCAGAAACCGUCAAUUGAACCAGAUAGUCCCAAUGUACGUAGUGCUGCAUACAAACGGCAUCAUGGGAAAACAAGUCUCAUGCCGGCAGAAGAAACUAACUGCAAGUGGCAAUACACAAUCAAAGGAUUAGGCCAAUGGUCUGUCUUUAAUGGUAUGCCAGUGUCACAGAGUGCGGUGCGAUCUAUAUUCACUUAA